AUGGAAGCAAUUGAUGAUUUUAAUACGGCAUAUGAGAAAAAGUAUCAUAAUCGGACAACUAUUCUUCCCGGUUCAUCAGAUGAUGAUAAACAUCAUGUUGCUCCAGCAGUUAACGAAGAUGAUGCUAAGAUAACAAUUCCUAGUUCAUUCUUUCUUCAGAGUACUAAUCCUCCUCAAGUGUUUCACUUUAAUCAACAGCGCCCAAGUAGUGAUCAUACGUACCGGUCCAGCAGAUCAACCCAACAACAACAACAACGCCGUGGUGUGGACUGCAGAUGGCGUGACCCGGUCCUAUGCCUCCUUUUCUGUUUGGUAUGCAUAUGCGCCGUGCUUGGUCCUCUUUGGUAUUAUCUUGGUUUGCAUUGUGAUCCAUAUAGUCUUCACAAAGAAGCUCACUGUAGAGCACACCUGAGGACCAAGGAAUACAGAAUCAAGUUUUAUGUUAAAUCACGUGACAAGUUUAAUCACAAGUAUCCCGAGGGAACUCCUGCACGAGCCCAGAUCGAGAACACCAUCGUCACCAAUUACAUAAAAGAAAAACGAAGGGAUUGCAUUCAGGAACGCUGGGAUGAUGAGACAUACAUACCUGACUGUGACGAUCUUAAAAAGAAGGGAUUACCAGUACCUGCUAGAGACGAUACAUCAUAA